AUGCCCAGGCUUCUUGCAACCCAGUCCCACGUCGUGCACGGAUACGUGGGCAACAAAGCAGCCACUUUCCCGCUGCAAUGCAAAGGCUGGGACGUUGACUGCGUCAAUACGGUCCAGUUCUCGAACCACACCGGGUACGGCAUGGAAAGAGUGUUUGGCACGCCAACUUCGGCUCAGCAGCUGGAAUCGGUGUUCCAGGGCCUUGAGUCGUUCUGUGAUUACGACGCCCUGCUUUCAGGGUACUUGCCCAACCGCGAUUCCGUGGUUUGCAUGGCUAAAUACCACUCAGAGCUGAAAAAAAAGGAUCCACGACUAAUAUGGCUGCUGGACCCGGUUAUGGGCGACGACGGCGAACUAUACGUCAACGAAAACGUCAUACCGGAGUACAAGCGUCUGGUGCAGUCGUCGCUGGUGGAUGUCGUGACUCCCAACCAGUUCGAACUCGAACUUCUGCAUGGCAGCAAAAUAGAGACCCUGCAAGAGCUCCAAGAAGCACUCGACCUUCUGCACCGCACCGUGCCUGUCAUUGUCGUCACUUCGUGCUCCGCGCAGCUUUUCCAGGACCCGCAAAACCUGUACUGCGUUGCAUCCAUGCGGGGCCAACCUGCGUCCGUUUACAGAGUCCCCAUCAUCGAUUCCUACUUCACUGGAGUCGGUGACCUUUUUGCAGCGCUGUUGGUAGACACUAUUUACCGAAUGCGCAAAGAUUCUGACAAUGUCAGCCGUCUGGACCUAAAUGGCGUCCUGGCAACUGUGCACAAUGUACUCGACGUCACUCUCCAGCAUUCGCCCAAAAACCUGAAGGCCUCCAUUGGCUCUCCGCUGACAAUGAAACAAAUGGAACUGCGGAUCAUUGAAAGUAAGAGAUGGUAUAACCGAACAGAAGCGACCAAAGACUUUUAUUUCGGUCAUCUGGAUACGGUAUAA